GAUGCAAAAGAGAAAGUGUGCAUACCAUUAGUAUAGUUGAAAGAGCGAAAAAGAUUGUAUACUAAGGAAGUCACACAGAGAAGUGAUAUAUUGAAUCAUAAUAUGAACAUUUCGAACUCUACAUUACGUGGAUAUUGUCCCAAUUGCGGACGCAUAACAGAAUCGAUCUCAAGUUUCACAACUCGCAGUGAUCAUAGUAUAGAGAGGGGACUUUAUUGUAUGAGCUGCUACUCCCUAGUACCUAGUUUAGUGGCACUUAUAACGAUGGCAGCAGAUGGUAACCAGAUACGCUUUUCAGAUUUAGCCAAUAACAGCAUAUUAAACCCCGUUUCUGAUGGAGAAAGCUCACAGUUGGAGUUACCGGAAGGGUGCUGCGACUUUACCACGAACGAAAUCUUACAUGUCCUCACCACCUUCAAGUCUGGACUCCCGCCAGAGGAAGUUCAAAAUUUCGUUGACAGUCAUGUUAAGAAGAAAAAUGACUAUAGUGUAGAUCCUGGCUGCUAUGUCGAGAGUGAACAUCCUAGUGGCUGCAUGGAAAACGGUACCUCUGUGUUAGCAGCAAGGCCUGAAAAUCCCUUGGCCAGUACAGGCUCAAAUAAGCAUAGCAGGGAUGAGGUCAAAGGUCAUAGUCAGCAUGAAGAUUUAACAGCGGAUAUUCUCCCCUGUUCAAUCUGCCUUGUAGAAAUAUUGGGAUCCACAGAAUGUAUCGUAAAGCUCUUCUGUGGCCACUAUUAUCAUCAAACGUGCCUGAGGAAGUGGUUGGAGGAACGAAAGUACACCUGCCCCAUGUGCAGAAAGCCCCUCAUUGUGGAAUGA